CUAAUUAGAGCAUUAAUGGCUGUUUUAUCCUUAAGUUCAAGCCUAAGCAUUUCCAAGCCAUUUCAAUGCGUUCCACUCUCAACUAAACAGCAAAGAACUUCACAUAUGCAGUUUUCUGUUUCAUGCAGAGCCACAAAGACCACACAUGGAAACUUCUACAAGAUGUUGUCUCUGAGUCCCGGAAGUGCCACAAUGGAUGAGAUAAAGAGAGCUUAUAGAUCAAUGGCUCUUCAGUACCAUCCAGAUGUGUGCCAUGAUCCUUCUAUGAAAGAGGAGUCAACGAGGAUGUUUGUUCAGUUGAAUGCAGCUUAUAAGACUUUGACCAAUCCUAUGCUUCGAGCAAAGUAUGACUCUGAAUUGGGGUUGAGAAACAAAAUGUGUGUUAGUGAAGAGAUAUGGAGAAAUAGGUGGCAGGAGCAAGUGGUUGAGUUGAAGAAAAGGUCUUGUAGACGUAUGGGACAGAAAGGGGGAUCAUGGGGCACCAGAAUGAGGACACAAAGCAUGAAACACAGGAACUAA